CUUAUAGAAACUCUGUACGUGGUAACGACAGCUGUUGUCUUGCUGUUGUCAACUAAAAUAAUUAUAUCAAAAUUUAUCGAAUUGUCAAAUGUAAAUAACAGUGAAAAUGGCGAACCUUCCACUGGGCAUAAAAACUCACGCCCAAAAAGUCUGCAGUCUGUAUAAAAGAGCUUUGCGUAAUUUAGAAUCGUUUUACGAUAGACGCAAUGUAUACCGUUACCAAGCAGUCUUGAUGCGAGACCGUUUUGAUAAAAAUGCCAAGAUUACUGAUAUGCGAGUAGCUGUUCAGCUAUUGAAAGAGGGAGAAGAGGAGCUCUUCCUCAAGCAACAUCCAAUGCCUAAGAAAUUCCCAUACAGUCACGGAGGUGUAGCCCAUGAGCGUGAAGUUAUACCUCCAGACUGGGUGUUAGACUACUGGCAUCCGUUAGAAAAAGCUCAGUACCCUGAGUACUUCAAACGUCGUGAAGAAAGGAAGAAAGAAUUCAUCGCAAUGUGGGAGAAACAAUAUGGCAAGCAAGAUCCUAAGGAUCAACAACAUUAGAAAACUGUUUGAAUGUAAUUUAUAGUAAAAUAAUUAAUAUUAUCGUUA